AUGGAUUUGGUGGUUGAAAAUUUUGGCAGAAUUAAUCACGGGUUAUUAAAUCAAUUUCACCAGUUCAAAGGACUUACAGAUGCUGUUUAUAUCAACGAUAUCAUAGUUAGAAAUUGGAAAAUAGUACCUUUGGAAUUCAAAAUUAACUGGAACAUAAAUUCAAACAACUGGAAACCAAUAACUACUGUUGAAGCUACCCCUGCUCUGUAUAAGUUCGUUUUGGAAAUUGACGAUGAACCUGAAGAUACUUUUGUUGAUGUGCAAGGUUGGACAAAAGGGAUAACUAUUGUAAAUGGGUUUGUUUUGGGACGACAUUUUUUUAUUGGACCACAACAGACUUUAUAUCUACCAGCACCAUUAUUGAGGAUUGGUAGUAAUGAUUUUAUCGUCUUCGAGCAUUAUGAUGCUAAGAAAUAUUUAAAAUUUAGUAUUGCUCCUAUUUUUGGAAAUACGUUAUAUGUGUAA